AUGGAUUGUCCUAAUACUCUUCGUGUAUACUUUGCCACAUACUUGUUGAUUAGAGAAGCAGAGCAUUGGUGGACAAAUACCAAAAGAUAUUUCCAAAGUCGAGGAACCGAGAUAACUUGGGCAAUCUUUAAAGAUGCCUUUUUGGAAAAAUUCUUUCCUCAAAGUAUAAGAAACAGAAAAGAAAUAGAAUUCCUUGAACUAAAACAAGGAAACAUGACUGUUGGAGAAUAUGUGGCAAAAUUUGAGGAAUUAUCUAGGUAUUCUAAUUAUAUACAGAAUCAACCUAAUGAGGAAUGGCUGACAACUAAAUUUGAAUUUGGACUAAAACCUGAACUAAAAAGUAUGAUAAUAAACAGGUGCAGAGACAUAGAAGCAAGUAUGAAGGCGGCUGAAGAUGCAAGAGAGAAGGACAGAGCCCUAAAUCGAAGAAGGAGUGAUGACAAUAACAAAGGGAGGUUUUCACUGGUGCAAAACUCGGGAAACAAUUUUGCUAGCAAUGGAGGGAAAAAGAAUGCGGGUCGGAUGAAUUCCCAGAUUCAGGGAUGUCCAAAAUGCAAGAAAAAUCAUGCUGGAGAAUGCUUGAAAGGAAGAGGUGUGUGCUUUAAGUGCGGGAAGCCUGGACAUAUGUUGAGGAAUUGUCCUCAGAAUCAAGGUCAGAACUCAUUAAACCAACCUAUAACAAGAGUUAGAGUUUUCACCCUAGAUGGUCAGAAAGAAGAUCAAGCUUCAAACUUGGUUCAAGAUGUGAUUCUUGGUAUGAAUUGGUUGUCUGCUAAUUGUGUGGUCAUUGAUUGUCAUAAUAAAAGUAUAAUUUUCACAAAAGAGUCAGACCUUCCCAGUGAAUCUCUAUUCUUGUCAACUUCCCAACUUAAGAAGAGUUUGUUAGGUAGAGCACAAGGAUAUGUUCUCUUCAAUCUUUCAGAAGCAAAGGUUAAACCUAAUGCGACCAAUAUCGCUAUUGUCUCAGAAUACUCAGAGGUUUUUCCGGAUGAAAUUACAGGUUUACCACCAAACAAAGAAAUUGAAUUCUCCACUGACAUAAUACCUAGAGUAGGGCCAAUUUCUAUUGCACCUUAUAGGAUGUCACCUGUAGAGCUUGUUCAACUAAAGAAACAAUUAUAG